CUCGUUGACAGACCUUUUGAAAUUCGGUUCUGGAGCUGUGUUCAAGGGCUGGUAUUUCUUAAUCUGAAACCAUCCGCGUGGUUUUUUGUAAUUUUAAGUAGAUAAGUCGAAAAGUUUAUUUCCAAGAUGCCACCAAAGUUCGAUCCUACUGAAGUUAAAUACGUAUACUUGAGAUGUGUCGGAGGAGAAGUAGGUGCAACCUCUUCUUUGGCCCCCAAAAUCGGUCCUCUAGGUUUGUCCCCCAAAAAAAUUGGUGACGACAUUGCCAAGAGCACCGCCGACUGGAAAGGUCUCAAAAUUACAGUAUGCUUGAAAAUCCAAAAUCGUCAAGCAACCAUUUCUGUUGUACCAUCAGCAGCUUCCCUCAUCAUUAAGGCUCUUAAAGAACCUCCACGAGACAGGAAGAAGCAAAAGAAUGUUAAACAUUCAGGAAAUUUGGCUUUAGAUGAUGUUAUGGAGAUUGCCAAACAAAUGAGGCCUAGGUCCAUGGCUAGAACAUUAGCUGGAUCUGUUAAAGAAAUCUUAGGUACUUGUCAAUCCGUUGGAUGUACUGUAGAUGGAAAACCACCACAUGACCUUAUUGAUGAAAUCAAUGACGGAAGUCUUGAAAUCCCAGAGGAAUAAAUAAAAUUUAUAAUUU